CCUCUCCUCUCCUCUGGCGCCAACUUACACGCAAUACACCCGAGCUGGCGAACUCCCCUCCGAUUCGCCGAACCAUCCAUCGGGCACGCCCCGCUCAUUCCCAAACCCCUCACGCCCCGCUCAUUCCACUCACACAAACACAAGCUUCCAUCCAGUUUUCCCCUCAUCAACGUUCUUCUAGCUAGCUGGUUGAGUGAGCUUGCUUUCGGGAGCAAGAAAGACAUGGCUCGCAUGGCGGCGUCGGUGCUAGCGAUCUUGCUAGCCUCUUGUGCCCUGGCGGCGGCGAGCUUCGACAAGGAGUUCGACAUCACCUGGGGCGACGGGCGCGGCAAGAUUACGAACAACGGCCAGCUCCUGACGCUGGGGCUGGACAAGGUGUCUGGCUCCGGGUUCCAGUCCAAGCACGAGUACCUGUUCGGCAAGAUCGACAUGCAGCUCAAGCUCGUCCCCGGCAACUCCGCCGGCACCGUCACCGCAUACUACCUGUCGUCGCAGGGUCCGACGCACGACGAGAUCGACUUCGAGUUCCUUGGCAACGUCACCGGCGAGCCGUACACGCUGCACACCAACGUGUUCACGCAGGGGCAGGGCCAGCGGGAGCAGCAGUUCCGCCUCUGGUUCGAUCCUACCAAUGACUUCCACACCUACUCCAUCCUCUGGAACCCCAAGCACAUCAUCUUCAUGGUGGACGACAUGCCAAUCAGGGACUUCAAGAACCUUGAGGGAAAGGGCAUCGCCUUCCCCAAGAACCAGCCCAUGCGACUCUACUCCAGCCUCUGGAACGCCGACGACUGGGCCACGCAGGGCGGCCGCGUCAAGACGGACUGGUCCCACGCCCCAUUUUCCGCCUCCUACCGCGGAUUCAAGGCCGACGCGUGCGUGGUGACCGCGGGCGGCCGGCCUCACAGCGGCGCCAUUUUCGGCACGGAGGUCGCCCCCGGCACAGGCGCGGCGGGCGAGUGGUACAACCAGGAGCUGGAUCUGACGCGGCAGCAGCGAAUGCGGUGGGUGCAGAGCAACUACAUGAUCUACAACUACUGCACCGACCCCAAGCGCUUCGCCAAGGGCGUCCCCGCCGAAUGCUCCAUGUAGUCCACAUGUGGAAUCGCCGGAGGAAGACGACCGGAGAUGUGUAGUGUAGCCGCUGGUCAUUUACGCCCAGUUCAUGUAAUUGUGCUCACGCCCAACUCGUGUGUAAUAUAUUGUCUCCUCGUACGUUCAUUACC